AUGGGUGGUGGUGGUGGUGCGAGGUGGUGGUGUAGAUGUUGGGUGCAUCAUGUUGUGGUCGACGAUGGUAAUGUAGAUAGUGGUUACGAUGUUGGUGAUGAAUUUGAGGAAGUGAUGGUCAUGUUGGCAGUGGUGAUGUGGGCGGUGUUGGAUCGGAAUAGGUGGACCCGGCAUUUUUCUGAGAUUGAGCAGGAUGAGAGUUAUGCCUCUGUUCUAAAGUUUCAAUUAGAAGAUGCAAUAGAGAAGGAAGACUUCCACGAAGCUGCUAAGUUGAAACUAGCUGUUUCAGAAGCAACAUCAAAAGAUAUUAGUGCUGAAAUUAUGUCUCAAUUGAAGAAUGCAAUUAAUGAAGAACGUUACAGUGAUGCUUCAACAUUGUGCCGAAAUUAUGGAGAAGAAAAUGAGAAUAAUAUUACCAGCGAGAAUACUGAAGAGGAAGCUAGUGAUUUGGAUGACAAUCAGCCAGAUCUGGCUGCUGUUCAAGGAGAUAGUGACACAAUGAAAGACGAAACAGAUUUAGAUAUGAAGCUUUUUAUUGGUGGGGUUUUACAUAAUAAAGAAGAUACUCCUAACAAGGAUGAGUUCGUUCAUGUUCCAGCCAAUAUCAAGGAUAUGGAGAGGGGUUCUUUUGUGUUGCAUAUCCCAAAGAGAUUUCAAGAUCAUGAUACUGAAGAGAACAUAGCAUCGAAGGCCAAAGUGGCUGCUAUAGCUGCCCAAGGUGUUUCUGAGCUGAUGCCCCCCGCUGUGGCCAAGGCAUUCUGGAGUUCUGAUAAAGUUUCUUCAAAGAUUAUAGGAGAAGAAAAUGAGAAUAAUAUUACCAGCGAGAAUACUGAAGAGGAAGCUAGUGAUUUGGAUGACAAUCAGCCAGAUCUGGCUGCUGUCCAAGGAGAUAGUGACACAAUGAAAGACGAAACAGAUUUAGAUAUGAAGCUUUUUAUUGGUGGGGUUUUACAUAAUAAAGAAGAUACUCCUACAAAGGAUGAGUUCGUUCGUGUUCCAGCCAAUGUCAAGGAUAUGGAGAGGGGUUCUUUUGUGUUGCAUAUCCUAAAGAGAUUUGAAGAUCAUGAUACUGAAGAGAAACAUAGCAUCGAAGGCCAAAGUGGCUGCUAUAGUUGCCCAAGGUUGCAAGUUACACAGGUCAAGGAAGGAUUGCAGAAUUUGGGUUCCGGAAUCCAAAGUGGGUCGAGGGUGAACUUCUACAACUCAAUGGCAGGGGUAUGGGCCCCUAAGUCAAAGGCGCAGACCUCGGUUUUCUUUACGUUGUUCCCGAGCAAAGUUUUCUUGUACUCUUCAAUCGUUUGA